GUUUUCUUGGGGGGGGGGGGGGGGGUUCUUCUUCCUUUGGUGGCGUUGAGAUGGAUCACUGAGUCUGUUCAAGUUUGAAAUUUUUGCCUUCCGCUACCACCGAGUCUUGUUCUUCAGCUGUUUUUAUUAGGGCGCUUCCUUGCGCGAUUGCUCCCAGGGUAGUAUCGGCUUUCCUCUCGAUUGUUCCCCCAACUCACGGCUUUUCCGAUGGCUUCUCGGGCCCUUGAUUCCUUCCUUAGAUUGGGCUUUGAAAUUGGAGCACUUUUGGCGUCCAAAAUAUGGUAGAAAUGUGGACUUUAGUCCCUAGAAUUGAAAGCUUCCCCCCUGUUUCCUUCGCCUCGUGUUCGCGGCUUCCUGACCGUUUCCGCUCGGUCUGGCUAGUUUAGAGAAUCUUUCUGAGAGACCAGAGACGGAAAGGCGCCAUCUUGACGCAGUUCUAUGCAAGUUCGGCAGCAAAUUACCUGAACACUUGUGCUUUUUUCCCAGGAAUAGCUUGAGUAACCUUGAAGAUGGUCAGCGGGAGGCCGGCGAAUGAGGAAUUGGAUGCAUGGUUCAAGAGCCUCAUGGUGUCUUCUAGCAGCGAGAGGGGGCAGCCUGAAACUGGUGGUGCAAUACCUACGUUAUCAGGUUGGAAGGAUCUCCCAAUGGAGCUGCUGCUGCGGAUUAUGUCAAUAGUUGGGGAUGAUCGGAUGGUCAUUGUGGCAUCUGGCGUUUGCACUGGCUGGCGUGAUGCACUGGGAUGGGGGGUCACUAAUCUUUCCCUCUCAUGGUGCAAGCAGAACAUGAAUAACUUAAUGAUAUCUCUUGCUCACAAGUUUACAAAGUUGCAAGUUCUCACUCUUCGGCAAAACAAACCUCAGCUUGAAGACAGUGCAGUAGAGGCUGUUGCCAACUACUGUCAUGAUCUACGUGAGUUAGACCUCAGCAGAAGCUUCAGGCUUAGUGACUGUUCCUUGUAUGCAUUGGCCCAUGGAUGCCCGCAGCUUACAAGACUGAACAUCAGCGGAUGUUCCAAUUUCAGUGAUACUGCCUUGACUUACCUUACUUGCCGCUGUAAAAACCUUAAGUGCUUGAAUUUGUGUGGAUGUGUGAAGGCUGCUACUGACAGAGCUUUGCAGGCCAUUGCUCAGAUCUGUGGGCAGAUGCAAUCUUUGAACCUAGGCUGGUGUGAGGAUGUUACAGAUAAGGGAGUGACCAGCUUGGCAUCAGGAUGUCCAGAUCUCAGAGCUUUAGACUUGUGCGGUUGCAUUCUCAUAACAGAUGAGAGCGUGGUUGCUCUUGCCAACGGGUGUCCUCACUUGCGAUCGUUAGGCCUGUACUACUGCCAGAACAUCACAGACCGUGCCAUGUACUCCCUAGCGAACAGCCGUGUGAAGAGCAAGCAUGGGAUGUGGGACAAGGUGAAGAAGACCAAGGAAGAAGACGGGCUCGCAAGCCUCAACAUCAGCCAAUGCACGGCCCUGACGCCUCCGGCCGUUCAGGCGGUCUGCGACUCCUUCCCAGCGCUCCACACUUGCGCCGAGAGGCACUCCCUCAUCAUCAGCGGCUGCCUCAGCCUGACGUCCGUCCACUGCGCCUGCGCCCUCCACGCGCACCGCGCCGGGAGAGCCCUUGUGGCCAACCACGCGUACUGAGCGUGUUUUCAUCGCGCUUGGCUCCGGUGAACGCCGUUCGCCUGGUUGGGGUGCUGUGGCUGUGUUCCCGGCCUGGGGGAAGCUCUGUGUACAUAAACCCGGAAUUUGGUGGUGCACCGUGACACUGCUAUCAGUAGGACUUUGUGUGAUAAUCGUUGAGUGGCGAAUGGCUGGAGGGUUGCAUGUACUCCCAUGCCAGUAUGCCCACCAAGGACAUUGACUUUUAGUGUUAUAUAUUAUGCAGUGCAUUUCUCUGAA